UUUGAAUAUUACACGACUUCGACAUUUCUAACACAUACUUGAUUCAGCUACUGGAUUCAUGAACAUCCGAAGAAACCUAUUCAUGUUUUACUUAUUUGUGUUUAUAUAUGUACUAGUAAUUUCUGGCUCUUAGAUUCAUUCAUUAUCCUGGGAUCAAGAUCGCGCCUCGUUUUGACUUCCACUUGUGGACUGCACUACGAACCAACGUGGGGAGGGCAAGCUAAGAUUUCUCUGCGUGUGAUUACGUGUGGGUUGCAUCACAUUCCGGCGCAUAGGGCCACCAUGGCGAGCGGAGGGGUGUGUAAGAACUGCGGCUGCAGUGACAUUGACUUUGACCAAGCCAGGGGGGAUGCCGUCUGCACGGGGUGUGGAUCCGUUUUGGAAGACAACAUCAUCGUCUCCGAAGUCACCUUCCAGGAGUCUGGCGACAGGACUUCGGUCAUCGGGCAGUUUGUGUCCGCCGACGAUGGCAAAGGCAAUGCUGGCAUGGUGCGGGGGUUCCACCAUGGCUUCGGAAAGGAGUCUAGAGCGAUCACAUUACAGAAUGGUAAGAGGAAGAUCACACAGCUGGGGCACCAGCUGAAGUUGAACCAGCACUGCAUGGACACUGCCUUCAACUUCUUCAAGAUGGCUGUCAACAAGAAACUGACCAGAGGGCGUAAGACGAACCAUGUCGUGGCCGCCUGCCUAUACCUGGUCUGCAGAACCGAGGGGACGCCUCACCUGCUCCUGGAUUUCAGUGACAUCUUACAGGUGAAUGUGUACGUACUGGGGAAGCUGUACCUGAAGCUGGCCCAGGAGCUGUGCAUCAAUGUUCCUGCAAUCGACCCAUGUCUGUACAUCCACCGGUUUGCUCACAAGCUGGAGUUUGGGGAGCGGACCCACGAGGUGUCGAUGACAGCCCUGCGCCUGGUGUCGAGGAUGAAGCGGGACUGGAUGCACGGUGGCAGGCGGCCCUCAGGGCUGUGUGGAGCAGCGCUGUUGGUGUCUGCUCGCCUGCAUGACUUCCACAGAACUCAGAAGGAGAUCAUCAAAGUGGUGAAAGUCUGCGAAGCAACCCUAAGGAAAAGAUUGACAGAGUUUGAAGACACGCCCUCCAGUAAGUUAACCAUCGACGAAUUCCACAAGAUUGACCUUGAGGAGGAGCAGGACCCACCGUCCUUCAAACACAGCAGGAGGAAGGCCAGGCAACAGUUGGAAGAGCAGUUAGACAAGGAGAUUGAGGGGGAGCUGACCAGUCUGGAGGUGGAGAUUGAGAAGGAGCUGGAGAAGGAGCGGGAGAAACGGAUGAACAGGAUGAAAAGCCUGCUGGGGGUCAAAGACAGUGACAUUGGAGAGACACGCUCCCCCAUGCCACCCCUGGAGGGGCAGGAAGAUGGGAUAUCCUCACCUGGAACCCCCUGCAGCAGAGUGGACUCUCCCAGUGUUGUGCCUAGCAGUAGCACCUCAACAGGAAAACCCCCUGAACAGCAGCUGGCAGAACAGCAGCUGUCAGAGGAGGAUGUGAUGGGGAAAAUCCUGUCCCCCUUCGCUGGGAUCACGCCCGCCCUCGGACCUGAACCCACACCUGAGAGUCUCGGCAUCAAGGACUCGCUCAACGAGUGUCUCAAGGUGGCCUCAGAGAAAGAAGAAGGCACAGAAGAUGAAGAUGGGGAGAAGGAAGAGGGAGGAGAACUGGACCUGACUGGCAUCAAUGAUGAGGAACUAGACUGGUUCUUGUUAAAUGACGAAGAGGUUAGAAUAAAAACAGAGAUCUGGACGCAGGCCAACGCAGACUAUAUCCAGAAAAUGAAAGAGAAAGAGGAAAAAGAAGCUUUAGAAAAGGAACAGGGAAUUCAUAAACCUGAGCAGAAAAAGAAAAGAAAGCCCAAGAAGAAGCAGCCCAUCCAGGCCAGCACAGCCGGAGAGGCCAUUGAGAAAAUGUUACAGGAGAAAAACUCCAGCAAAAUCAACUAUGACGUUCUCAGGGACCUGAACAAGGAGACGGAGACCAAAAAGCCAUUAGACAUCACUCCCAGCCGACUCACACCCAGCAGGCUUCAGCCACCACUCAUAUCCCCCACUGUCCCAGCCAGGACAGCUCUGAGAUUACCUACAGUUGGUAGCAGUAAGAGACCUCACGUGAAAGUUGAGGAAACAGAAGAAAAACUUGUUGGUAAGAGACCAAAGCUGGAGGGUUCGGAGGUGGUGGUGGAGACGGGACCAGUGGAGUAUGCAAAGGUGGAACCAGGUACCGUGGACCAUGAGGAGGAGGCUGAGGAGGAUUACUAUGAGGAGGAUGAACCAAUCAGUGCAGCUCAGCUCAUGGGAAGGACAGAAGUUGACCAUGAAGACUAUGAUGAUGGCUAUGACAUGGAUGAGUAUGAUUGACAGCUGUCAGCACCAAGGGGAGGGACCAAACUGCCAGCAUUCUUCCUCAUACAGUAAUAGUUAAGGAGGAUUGGAAUGUCUUUUUUAUGUUCUCAUUCCUAAACAGUAUGGUCUGUGUCUAAUGUUUGAAAGACUACCUCCAUGAAAGAACAAAGUGUACAAAUUAAUUUAUUUCUUACUUGUUAUGAAAGAUGCAAUGUGUGUUGUUCCAUGCAAGCAGGACUCAAUAUCAGUCAACUUUUAGUGCUUGUUUUAGGAGUAACCUUUUAUUACCACAGUACACAUGAACUUUACAGUAAAGGGAAAUAAAUAUUUCCAAUUUCUGAAAACCAACAGCUUCUCACGGCUAUCCCAGGAACAGCAAUAUAAGAAGCAAUUUGGUGCUUUCAAAAUACUUAGUACCCCCUGCCUGUUUAUUUUUACACACUUGUAGUUUAACUUAUCAUUGUUUUGUACAUGCCAUCCAGCCCUGUGGAACUUUUUCUUGUACAAUCCCUAUGACAUCGAAGGCACGUUUUCCAAAUUUAUUUACACACAGUGUUUGGAGAUGUACAGAAGUUGAGAACUGUGUUGUUCCCUUAUAGAUUGUCUGUCUGUGUCAAAGCUGAUUUGAGACUGUUGUAAAGAUUAAAUAAAACUUUUGUGACGUAUUUGAAACAGAAAUGUUCAGGAUGUUUCAAAGUCUCCAGGGAUGCUCCAAGAAGGACACUGGGG